GUGGAACUUUCUUAAUCAUGGUUCUGUAUAUUCCUAUAUCAGAAACUAUUUUCCAUCAUAAUCUUCUUCUUAAUAAAGUUUACUUUAAAUCACUGAUUCAUUCAGAUCAUUGUUGUUUGUUAUUAUCUUUGCAGGUUCAUUCAUUUCAUCUUUUAGUCCCAUUCACAAUGAAGUCCCAACAAUCGCAAAAGAUAUCAUCCAAAAUAAAGAAAAUCAAAGAUGAAUCAACUUUAGUGGGAUUCUCUUUUCCCUAAAAGCAGCAUUGCUUCUUUUUUUUACAUCAGAGGGAUAAAAAACUUGAAUAAUAACUUCUUUACAUCAGAGAUCACUGGUUGUUAUUGUGUGGUAUGAUAAUGUCAUAAUGAUAGUUUGUUAUAGAGGCAGUGCAUUACUGUUUACUCUGUUUUUAGAGUUUAGACUAAUUUCGACCGGUUAAGAGAAAAACCGGAGAGAACCAAAGUCGAUGCAGAGUCGUUACUGUCGUACCAACGGUUUAUAUAUUUUGCAAACGGUUAUUUUUCCGUUACUCCGAUCUGACGCAUCUCUUCUUCUUCUUCUUCGCUCUUUCUUUCUUGGUUCUUUCUUAAUAAGUUUUUUGAUGGAUCCUCUCAACUUUGAGACCGAUCUUCAGUCAUUGAGAAGAUUAUACGGCCUUCUCCACUCAAAUGCGAACAACGAAUCCAUACCUCAAGCCUUUCUGUUAGAUGAGAACACUCAGUUUCUACUUAAACGUUUGCUUGAUUCUGCGACCGAGGAGCUUUUGGCUAGACAAACCAAGAUACUUGCCCAAGUACAGUUAGGUUUGCCAACUCCGAGUAGAAACUUAGUCUCAAGAAGUGUCAUUAAAGUGCCUAGUAAGGUUGGUUUAACAGAGGAAGUGGUUGAUUCAAUCGAACGUAUCGAAACGCAGCUUUCUGCGUUUCGUUUUUGUUCUAGUCGUGAUCACGACAGAACAAGGAGGUGCAAGUCACGUACCAUGCAAGAUAACUCAUCUUCUGGAAUGCCUUUUCAACGGUUAAAUGAGAAAGCGUUGAUGGGACGAAGACAAAGCUACCAAGCUUCUGUGUCUGGUUCACGGAGCCAUUACAUGCCAGCGAGUAAGCAAAUGAGUCAAACUACAAGAACCUCGAACGUGAAUAAUGUCGCAGCCCGUGUUGAUCGAACUAUGGAUCUCGAGUCACAAGGAAGCAGUUCUCCUGAUGAUGAUCAGGUUGUUUUGGUUAGGUCACGUACCCCAUUACCGCCUCGUCCUGUAAGACCCGAGAGGCCAAGAGAGAGUAAGAGAACGUCACUGAAGAUGGCGAGUAUGAAACCGACUUUGUUGGAUCAAGAAACCGAGACAUGGUAUGGAGAGAGUGGUAACACACGGUCUGGAACAAGCUCACAAGUUUCUACAGAUCAAGAAUCAGAAGAAGAGUCUAGAGAAACAGGUUCAACCACUGGGUCAAGCUGGCAAACUCAUGGCGAGAGCGUCACCGAGUCAGAAGACUCAUCGUAUCCACCAUCAGAGAGCGAAGACAGCUCUCAAGAAAGUGACUCUCCUCCACACAAAACGAGAGACAGCAGAUCAAGGGAACCUGAAAAACAGAGGAAAAGGUCUAAGGGGAGGCUUACAAGAUUCAAGGAGAAGCUAGGUAAAGUGUUUCACCAUCACCACUACCACCACCAUCACCAUGAGAAUAAAGAGCAAGGCCACAAGCCAUCAGCUUGGAAGCGUUUAGUGAAGAAACAUCUUCAGAAAGACAAAGAGAAGUUGGUUGAGAGAAGGAUGAAGUCAGAAUCCAAAGGUUUGGUGACUAAACAUAAGAAGAAAGGUGGGCGGCAGUUUCAUGCGUUAGUGGAAGGGUUGAUGAGACAUCGUAGAAGACACUCGAAGAUGAAAAAGCAGAGCCAUGUCAGGAAAAAUAAUUGGUGGAAGACCCGUAGACGUCAACGUGGUAUCAAGUUUCCUAACAGAGGGCGGGUUAAGCUAGGGAAGACAAACUAUUUGUGUAAUAAGGAUCAAGAACAUGAUGAAAACUAG